AGUUUCUUCUUGUUGGCAAGUUUUCCGAAUGGGCAUCGUGGUUUAUUACGCCGGCGUGUGGCCACGGCAGCAAUGGAGAUCGCCCAGUUUCCAGAUCGCUAGUUUGUCCGACCAAACCGGGCUGCGAUGGCAGGCGCUGGAACAAGUCGAUAAGGCGCUGAACAAAGGCGACGAGAUGGCGGCGCUGUCUCUCGUUAAGGAUUUGCAGGGCAAGCAGCCCGCCGGACUCCGCUGCUUCGGUGCCGCUAGGCAGGUACCCCAGAGGCUCUACUCUUUGGAUGAACUGAAACUGAAUGGGAUUGAAACUUCAUCGCUUCUUUCGCCAGUAGAUGCAACUCUCGGUGCAAUAGAAAGAAACCUACAGCUUGCGGCUCUUGCCGGCGGCAUUUCAGCUUGGAAUGUGUUUGGGUUUAGUCCCCAACAAAUUCUGUUCUUCUCUUUGGGGUUGUUGUUCUUCUGGUCGCUGGACUUGGUCUCGUAUAAUGGUGGAGUUAGUAGCUUGGUUCUUGAUACAAUUGGGCACACUGUUAGCCAAAACUACCACAAUAGGGUUAUCCAACAUGAAGCUGGACAUUUCUUAAUUGCCUACUUGCUAGGAAUCCUUCCUAAGGGGUAUACGCUUUCAAGUUUGGAAGCAUUGAAGAAGGAAGGAUCUCUCAAUGUCCAAGCCGGGACUGCAUUUGUGGAUUUUGAAUUUCUUGAAGAGGUUAAUUCGGGAAAAGUAACCGCCACAGUAAAUGUUGACAGGUUUUCGUGCAUAGCACUGGCAGGCGUGGCUACUGAGUAUCUUCUGUUUGGAUGUGCCGAGGGAGGCCUUGCAGAUAUUGACAAGUUGGAUGUUCUACUGAAAAGUUUGGGCUUCACUCAGAAGAAAGCAGAUUCUCAAGUCAGAUGGGCUGUGCUUAACACUGUCCUAAUUUUGCGUCGCCAUGAAGGGGCACGAGCAAAGCUUGCAGAGGCCAUGUCUCAAGGAAGAUCUGUGGGCUUUUGUCUUGAUGUUAUAGAAAACACCAUAGAUGAGGCAGACUUGUAAUAAUUCCACACAACAUUUACUGUGUUCUAAUGUUCAAUCUUUGCCAAUUGUUUCUUCA